AUGUCGACUGCAGCCAACAAUCGCUGGUACAGCACCGCGGAAAUCGCACGCCAUAAUACCGAGAAAGAUUGCUGGAUAAUUGUCAAUGGCAAGGUCUUUGAUGUCACUUCUUUUUUGGACGAUCACCCAGGAGGAAAGAAGAUCCUAGUCAAAGUUGCUGGUACUGAUGCCAGCAAGCAAUUCGCUCAAUUCCAUAAUCCCUCUGUUUUGGAAUCUCAUGCCGCUAAAUUGCUUGUUGGGGAAGUGGGCGAGGCUCCGGCCCCUAGCGCUGUUGUUCCAGCUGGCAAAGACACGUCAGAAUCUGAAGAACACGAUGGUGAAGAGCAAGGGUACUUUGGAAGUUUGGCUCCCUUUGUUGAUCCAUACUGGUACCAAGAUUGGUACUCUCCCUACUACAACGAAUCCCACCGACGAGUCCGUGCAGCAGCCCGCAAAUUCACAGAAACUGAAAUCAUUCCAAACUCUUUCACGUGGGAUGAGAGCAAGCAGAUACCCAAAGACUUGUUUGUCAAGGCUGCUCAAGCUGGUAUCUUAGGAUGUCUUGUAGGUCAUCCGUUACCCAUUGACUGCUUGCCACCAUACCCAUUGUGCGGUGGAGUCAAACCUGAUGAGUUUGAUGCCUUCCAUGAGUUUAUCAUUUGUGAUGAGUUGUCACGAUGUGGAUCUGGAGGUGUUGUUUGGGCGCUUGUUGGUGGAUUUGGUAUUGGUUUGCCACCUGUUGCUCAAUUUGCAACCGAAGAAGUCCGAAAGCGAGUUGUUACUGAGUGCAUGUCCGGACAUAAGAACAUUUGUUUGGCAAUUACUGAGCCAUAUGCAGGUUCUGAUGUCGCUCAACUAAAAUGUGAGGCCAAGAAGACUCCUGAUGGCAAACACUACAUGUGGGUGAAAGAACUCGUCUUCAUGUUCUUCUUUUACCAUUUUUUUCGCCCAUACUUGACCAACUCGAUUGUAUUUCGAAACAGCGUCAAUGGAAUCAAGAAAUGGAUUACCAACGGAGUGUUUGCUGACUAUUUUACUGUCGCUUGUCGUACUGGUGGUGCUGGAAUGGGCGGAAUCAGUUUACUCCUGAUUGAACGUUCAUUCCCUGGUGUAUCUACUCGUCAAAUGCAAUGCUCUGGUGUAUGGGCUUCUGGAACUGCUUAUGUUACAUUUGAGGAUGUCAAAGUGCCUGUGGAGAAUCUUAUUGGAAAGGAGAACAAGGGAUUCAAAAUCAUCAUGAGAAACUUCAACCAUGAACGUAUGGGUAUCGCCAUCCAAGCUACACGGUUUGCUCGUGUCUGCUACGAAGAUGCUCUCCACCAUGCUCACAAGCGUUCAACUUUCGGAAAGAAGAUGAUUGAGCAUCCAGUCAUUCGUCUCAAGCUUGCCAAUAUGAGUAAAGGAAUUGAAGCUACUCAUGCAUGGAUGGAACAAUUGCUCUACCAAACUACCAAGAUGCCUGAAGAUCUUCAACCUUUGCGUCUUGGUGGACCUAUUGCUUUGCUUAAAGCGCAGAGCACACAAAUUUUCGAAUUAUGUGCACGUGAAGCAGCUCAGAUAUUUGGUGGUCUUGCCUACACUCGUGGCGGUCAAGGAGAACGUGUGGAAAGAUUGUAUAGGGAAGUAAGAGCCUAUGCCAUUCCAGGUGGAUCAGAAGAGAUCAUGUUGGAUUUGGGUAUCCGACAAUCCGUUAAAGUUUCUCAAGUCCUUGGCGCCAAGCUCUAG